UAGUUUAAUCGGUCAGCUGAAUUUUUUAAACGUUUAAAAAAUUUAUCAUUUCUUAUUAAAUUAACUUAUCCUUUAAAUACCAAACUUAUUUUCAAACAAAAUCACAUACAAUAAAUACUGAAUUAUAAGGAUAUAUAUUCGGAAUGAUCAGCAUGUGGAAAAUUCGUGAGCUUACGGAUAAAGUAACCAAUGCAGUUAUGAAUUACACUGAGGUAGAAAGUAAAGUUAGAGAAGCAACUAAUGAUGACACAUGGGGACCCACAGGACAAAUUAUGAUUGAAAUAAGUCAUUACACACAUUCAUUUCAACAUUAUUCAGAGGUAAUGGCUAUUAUAUGGAGGCGUAUGUUCCAAGAAAAUAAAAACAAUUGGAGAAGGAUUUACAAGGCUUUAGUGCUUCUAGCCUAUUUGCUGAGAAAUGGUUCCGAAAGAGUUGUGAACUCUUGUAGAGAACACCUUUUUGACCUUAAAACUUUGCAAAAUUUUUCGUACAUCGAUGAAAGUAACAAGGAUCAAGGGAUCAAUGUACGUCAGAAGGUUAAAGAGUUGAUAGAUUUUGUUCAAAACGACGAACGGCUCAAGGAGGAGAGAAAAAAAGCUAAAGCCAAUCGCGAAAAAUUUGUCGGUCUUUCCAACCAAUCGGGGUCAGUCUCGCGCCACAACAAUCAUUCUUCUUUCGGGACUUACUCUGAUUAUGACCAAUCAUCUCUCGAGGAGACGUCUAGCCAAUCGCAACCCGUUACAUAUUUGGACGAAAAGUUUAAAAACUCUGACAAUUUUGGCGCAAAUUCUGACGUUUCUAAAACAGAUAUGGAUGAUACCCCGGCUAUGGCCAAACCUAAAAUCGUUGCCACUCAAAAUAAAAACGCGAAUAAGAAACCUUCCUCUAGGGUAGUGUUGGCUCGGACCGGGGUCAUCGACCUGGGACCUAAGGCACAAGAAUUUAUUCUCAAAAACGACAAUUCGAAUAUGUUUGUUGGAGAUUUUACCGCAAACUCCGACCCUAAAAAAGAUGAAAGAAAUUAUUCCAAAUCUUCAAAUCAAUCACAAUCCGAUGAUCUAUUCAAUAUUGCAGAUUUUAAAACUGAAAAGAACGAUGUUGGAGACUUUCUCCCAUCUACGAAACAAAAGGAAUUCAAUCAACGAGGAGGCCAUGCCCAAAACUUAGAAUUUCCCAAAUUAUGCGAAACAAAACAGAUCAAUGUUAAAUCUUCUAAUGUAGACAUGCUAGCAGAUAUUAUAUCCUCCCCUCAACAAAGUCUUCCUAACAAACACAAUACCGUUAAUCAAAAUGGAAUUCAUCUAUUAAAUGAUGAAUUCAGUGAUUUUUCAUCUUGGGGCGGGAUAGCCAAAUCAGCCAGCAAUCAAAAUUCUUUCAAUCCUUUCCUUCCAAACGUUACUGCGACUAAUUCACUUUCCAAUACGAUCAUUGGGAAAAAUAUGAAUUUUGAUCUAUUAACCGAUUCUGCACUUCCACUAUCGCGUACAAAUAUCAAAUUGCCUCAUCAAACCCAUUCUAAUAAUACAUUUGAUCUAUUGACCCCCAGUUCCUAUCAAAAUUUUGAAAAUUCUCCGGGAAAUAUGACCGAUAGAAAUAGUUACAAAAUCUCCAACAACGAUAGAUCCCCCAAAAAUGGCGAUUUUCUGGAUAAUAAUAAUACGUGGUCUGAUUUAAAAGGGAAAGUUGACAUAAAUUUGGAUAAUUUGUUCUUAAACAAUAACAAAUCCUUCACUGGAACUCCGAUAAAAAGUUUACAACAAGCACCCUUAAACUGCCUCAACAAUACUUCGAAAAAUAAUAUAGCCAAUCCCGUUUCGAACAAUAACUAUAGCGCUAACAGUAUUCUCAAACCGGACAAAUACAGAUGCUAAUAACACAAGCAUGAUUUAUCCUUGUCUUAACAAAUAUCGUCACAAAAUGAAUUAUAUUUUUUUUUAAAUAUAAAUUCACUCUGUAACACAUCUAUUCACAAAAUGGACUCAUCCAUCGUUUACUCAUUUUUUAAAAAUGAAUUUUUAUUUAAAAAUAAAAACAACUACUUAUUAGAUAGUUCCUUAAUACUUGGAACUGUUUUUAAUGGUCACCCUCACUAUUUGAUCAGAAAAGUCGAAUGUUUUUUUGGAAAAAAUAAUUAUAUUUUAAUACACCAUUUCUUUAAUGAAAUUAUUAUAUCUUUUAAUUGAUGCUCAAAAGAAGAAUACUAAUAAUAUUAAAUAACCUAUAUAUAUUUAUAUAAUACAGAAUUAACAAUCAUUGGAUCAUAUUUAUUAUUGACGGUUAUAUUGACACAUGCGCAUAUUUAAAUCGCUCUUUUUUUAAAUUUUACAAAUUAUUUUAACAUAAAUUAUUAUAUAAUCAAUUUUUUUAAAAAAAAAUAAAAUUAUUGAUGAUUGUUUACACACAAUCAAGGCAUAUUCACGAAUAUACUUUCUUCUUUUUUAAAAAUUUUUUUUAUAAUUUGUUACUAAGUCUAGAGUAUACAAAUAAUUGUCAUUUUAACAAAACUAUUUUAACAUAAGCAAGCACUUUAAUGAAUGGUUUUUUCCCAAUCUGUAACUAUUUUAUAUUAUACCCCGUCCUAAUCAAAUAUUUUAAUCUUACUGAAUUUAACACAUCUUUUACUUUUACCAGCAAUAUUUUAAAAGUUUAAUAAGCCCUUGGAAAUAUUUAUAUUUAACACAAAAUUUUGAAAUAUUCUAUUUUCGCCAAAAAAAAUUAAUGUUUUUUUCUAAUAGCGCCACUUUAUGAUAUUU